AUGGCCAAGAACGAUGCUGUGAUUCAGAGUCAAGCGGCAUCCUUGAGGAAUCUAGAAACUCAAUUGGGGCAGCUUGCUAAUGAGCUAAGGAAUAGACCACAAGGCACCUUGCCUAAUGACACAGAAAAUCCAAGGAAUGAUGGCAAGGAGCAUUGCAAGGCGGUUACCUUGAGGAGUGGUAAAAAUCUGGAAUUGACUGAGGAUAAUUGUACUAGAAACAGCGAGCCCACUUCAAUCCAAAGUAGUGUGGACAAGGGAGACAAAGCUGUGAAAUCAAAAAAUUUAAAUGCUGAUCCUGAAGCAAUUGUUGCAGCAAUUCCUCCGCAAAAUGCUAUAGGAAGGCCUAUAAAAGCUUUGGAGCAAAUGCCCAACUAUGUGAAGUUUUUAAAGGAUAUUUUAACUAAAAAGAGGAGGCUUGGUGAAUUUGAAACAAUAGUGUUGACUGAAGGGUGUAGUGCUAUAUUAAAGAGUAAAAUUCCUCCAAAGUUGAAGGAUCCAGGCAGUUUCACAAUUCCAAUUUCUAUUGGGGGACGAGAACUUGGUAAAGCUCUUUGUGAUUUGGGAGGAAAGAUUGAAGACGUCCUAGUACAAGUUGACAAGUUCAUUUUUCCGGCGGAAUUCAUUAUUCUUGACUAUGAGGAAGAUAGGGAUGAACCGAUCAUUUUGGGGAGACCAUUUCUUGCCACCGGGAGGACGUUGAUAGAUGUUGAAAAAGGAGAGCUCACCAUUCGAGCUCAAGACGAACAAGUCACAUUCAAGGUUUUUAAUCCUAUACGCUCUCCUAAUGAAGUUGAAGCUUGUUUGGCCAUAAGUGUGUCUAACUUCAAGUUGAUUGAAAAGAUGCAUGGAAAGUAUAGCAAUGGAGUCAAGAAAAAGGUCCCUUUUGAAGAAAUUGAGAAAGGUGGGGAGCCAUGGAUAAGUAAGGAAGAAGAACCAUCUCAUUCUCCAUAG